ACCUAGCUUUUUUCAAACUUCAAAGGAUAAAACUUUGAACUGACUACUAUGAGCCAAAAUCAGGCCAAAAUAAUCUUCAAGACCCAUCUAUGGUGUUAGCUGGCAGAUGACACACACCCUGAAUGGUUAUCAUCCCCCACCUCUAUAAAUACUGCUUCAGAAUGCUAGCAUUUCCAUUCCACAUAUCCCUUCUCAAAACCUUCCUUCCUGGGAAAAUGAAUUCCAAGGCUUUUAUUUUCCUCAGUCUACUGCUUGCAGCUUUUCUUCUCAUCUCCUCCACUGUGUCUGCCGAGACAUCUCUAGAUGAGAAAAAUGAGAAGGAAAUAAACAGUGUCGAUGAUGCGAAGUACCGCUGCAAGUAUGGUUGCUGCGGUGGUUCUGGCCGCUAUGGGUGCAUGAAGUGCUGCAGCAAACCUACUGAUGUCCAUGCUACAGAAACCGAGCCUAAACGAGUGGAAGCUGCUGCUGCAGAAGUGGACCAGGUAGCUGAUGCAAGUACUCAAGGUGGUGGCGGUUAUGGAGGAGGAGGCGGACAUGGUGGUGGACAUGGUGGUGGCCACGGUGGCGGACAUGGUGGUGGCCACGGUGGCGGACAUGGUGGCGGACAUGGUGGUGGACAUGGUGGUGGCCACGGAGGUGGAGGUGGUGGAGGACAUGGUGGUGGUGGCGGAGGAAAGGGCGGUGGUGGCGGAGGAGGCCUGCUUGGAGGUGGAGACGGUGGAGGACAUGGUGGUGGUGGUGGUCAUGGAGGCGGGCAUGGUGGUGGUCAUGGAGGCGGGCAUGGAGGUGGAGGUGGUGGUGGUCAUGGAGGUGGCGGAGGAAAAGGCGGUGGAGGAAAGGGCGGUGGUGGUGGCCGUGGAGGAGGGGGCGGCGCGUAACUUGAGAGUUGAUCGAUCCACGCAAGUCGAUAUAGUGUAGUAUGAUGUGAAAAUAAUAAGAAUAAAGGAAGCCAUGGGGGUUAAAUCCCCGCAUGGUAGGCUGUACUUUCAAGCUUCAAUGCAAACAAUAACGUUUUCUGCCUAA